AUGGCUCAAGUCAACUGGCGCUCAAUCGACAUCGACGCUCUCGACCCCGAAUCCUCAUCCAACUUCGACCUCUCCACCUUGACUCCAGCUGUCCAACCCAUCAGCCCACAAGACGUACAAGCCCUCAGCGGUCAGAUCAGACAACUAUGGCGCGGAGGUGAUGCUGAAGGUGCUCUCCGUGGUGCCUUGGAAAAUGCCCCGUAUGGAGCCGACGCUCAGUCAAAGGACUCGUACUUGCAGACUGUCACCGAGGUCUUGCAACAAGUCCGCACCGCCGACGUGGGUCCUUUACUGCAGCGCAUCUACACAUCUGAGGGUGGAUCGGAACUCUGCGAUGUCUUGAUGAAGUACCUCUACAAGGGCAUGGCAAGCGGUGCUUCCACCAGCAACCCCUCCAAGAACGUCACACCACAAGUCACCGGUUUCUCACAGGUUCAGCCUCGCAACACUGCCGAAAGUCAAGGUGGAAACAUGGGUGUCUUCUUGAGUUGGCACGAAAAGGUAAUUGAAAUCGCAGGCCCCGGUACCAUCGUUCGCGUCAUGUCAGACAGGAGAACUGUCUAA